AUGCCCAAUUCAAAAAGUUCAUCUACACCUACAUUUUCCGCACCUUUACCAUCAAAUGUGUCCUCCCUAUUGUAUUGUGGUAGCAUGGGGGCUAUAAAUCUGAACAUGUCCACUAUGGCAGCAGUAAAUUAUUGGGCGUGUGGUACAGGAUAUGAAUCGGCAUUAUUAACAUCGACUAAGAAGGCUCCAGAGACCACAUUCUCAGCUAACAUGCCAACUUCUUCGAAUAGUAUUUUGGAUUGUGGCUAUUCUUCCGUUAUUAACCUAACCGAGAAUAACAGGUCGGCUGUAGAUUAUUGGAAUUGUGGCAGAACAUAUGCUAGAGAUUAUGCUUUGUCUGAUGCUCUCUCACUAAAGCCAACCAAUGUGUUACAGUACUUUAUAUUUGCACUAUUUAUCGCCUGUAUUAUUCUAUGA